AUGGCUCGUACCAAGCAAACCGCUCGUAAGUCCACCGGAGGAAAAGCUCCUCGCAAACAGCUGGCCACUAAGGCUGCUCGUAAGAGUGCUCCAGCCACCGGAGGAGUCAAGAAGCCUCAUCGUUAUCGGCCAGGAACCGUUGCUCUGCGUGAGAUCCGUCGUUACCAGAAAUCCACCGAGCUGCUGAUCCGCAAGUUGCCCUUCCAGCGUCUGGUUCGUGAAAUCGCUCAGGAUUUCAAGACCGAUCUGCGUUUCCAGAGCUCGGCCGUCAUGGCUCUGCAGGAAGCUAGCGAGGCCUAUCUGGUUGGUCUGUUCGAGGACACCAAUCUGUGUGCCAUCCAUGCCAAGCGUGUCACGAUCAUGCCAAAGGACAUCCAGCUGGCUCGUCGUAUUCGUGGAGAACGUGCUUAAAUUUUCUUCGUUGGUUGAACAAACAAACGGCCCUUUUCAGGGCCACCAAAUUUUCUAUUUAAGAGUCAGGUAUGAAUUUUUAAUUGUAGUUAUAGAUUGAAAUUUAGCUAUCAUCACAAAAUAUUAGGCUAUGCGUGGUUCGCCCCAUAAGGGGAAACUUGCAAUGCGAAAGAA